UAUAAGUCAGAAACCGCGACGUUGAGCUCACAGAGCAGAGCUGUGCGCAGAGGGAGGGGGGGCUGCAUGAGAACACAAGAGCAGAUCUAAACAAAACUCACAACAACAACAACAAAAAAUUAAAUCAACACAGCAGUACAAUAGGAGUCAGAGCCCCUGCCAUGCAUGCGUUUAGGAUCUGGGUUGUGCUCUGUGCGCUCAGCGCUGCCGGUUCGUCUUCAUGCGUGAACGAGGCUGAGGACGAUGAGGACUACGGCAACGAGAUUUCUCUGGACCAGCAGCAGCAGGAGUCUCCAAACUCUGACCUCUCCCACUGGGACAAGCUCUUCGUCGCUCUGGAGGAUUCCCACAUGAGGCAGAACAUGCUGCUGGAGUCGGCGGAGCGGUGCUGCGUCGGACCGGCGUCUCUGAGGAGCCAGCUGGACAAGCUCCUCCGGGCGGCGUCGCAGCAGAGCUCGCCCGGCCUGGAGUCAGCGUGCAGGGCGCAGGUGGAGCGGGAGGCUCUCGGGCUGCACCGCGGCCUGGCGGAGCUCCGCCGGGACGGAGCCGAGAUGGAGAGGAGAAUGAACGACACCUUGCAGGCGAUCCUGCGCGGCAGACGCGAGGAUGAGGCUCGACUGAGUCGCCUCGAGGAGGCCGCGUCAGGAAGCGGCGGCGGCGGACACCAACAGACUCAGAGGCCUGGAGGUCCGGGCAGAGCGUUUAGCUCGGGGUUGAACUCAGUCCCGUCCGAGCUGGAGGAGCAGGAUUUGUCCUCGCAGGUGGACCUGGACAUGAUAAGAGGCUCUCUGGUCGUCAUAGCGAGAGACGUGCAGAGGCUUUACCUGCAGCUGAGCACCGUGAUCGAGCAGGCGGGAACUCUGAGGAAGGGCAGAGGAGACACAUGAACUGGCUGCAAAACAACAACAUGCACAGCAAAAAAAACAAAAAAAAAACAAAACUGACUUACUUUUGUUACAUAUGAGCUUGUAUUUCUCUGCCGAGUAGCUACAACUCUAAUGCGCCAUUAAGAAUCUUGUGGGUUUGCUAUAAUGAAUUAAGAACUUUUUUUUUUUAAAUCAAUUUAUCAAUUAAAAAGUAAAUCGCCCUCGUGGAAAAUGUUUCCUCCCUUCUUCCAGUCUAAUUUCCCACAGCAGCUCACGUCAUUGCGUCUUCACGCGUCUGAUUGUAGCGUUUGUUUUUGUCGUGUUGGCCGCUGAUUCCCUCAACCACCGCAAAGGCAAGUAGGAGAGCAGAGCCAUCUGGAGGUUUUGGUUCUGGGUGUAAUUUAAGGCGUGUUUGUCCAGCUCGUUAGUUGCUUUAAUGCAAAAGAGGCCUCGGCUUGCAGCACUCAGUGUUUAUGAGUUACACACCCUCCUCCGGCCCCACACUAGUACACACACACACACACACACACACACACACACACACGCACGCACACGCACCCAUGCCUGCUGGCUUGUUUAUUGAAACCAAAGUCAGGUUUCUGGAGGCACUUUCCUCAUAUGUUUUGUUCUGUUUUGUCUCCUGUCACUGGAUCAGUCUUUUUUUUUUUGUUAUUAUGUAUUAAAAACAUCAAAAUGUGUUUUGAUU